GAAGCAUCUUGCUCUGCUCGCAGCGAACAAGCCAUAAAGCCGGCGUACAUUGCUCCACUACCACCCCUUGCUCGCUUUACCUCGUCGAUCCUUUUAGCUCUGCCACACUGGAGCGAGUGAAACACAUCGCUCGGUACACGCGCAAAGACGUGACUCUCGAUUCACCUCUCGAGCGUUCAGCGAAAUGUCUACAGCGGGCUCCCCUCCACCUCCUCUGACUCAGGGUGCUGGGUAUGGUGUAAUCGUUGGGCUCGGUGCGCUCUUCGCCAUCGUCGUUAUCGGCAUCAGCAACGGUCUGCAUCGCUUCGGCAACAUCAAGCGGACGUCUGCGGAAUAUGCCAUCGCCUCCAGAAGUCUGGGAGUAGGAUUGACCGCAGCCGGAGCCGUGUCUGGUUGGACCUGGAGUGUGACGCUCUUGUCGUCCUGCUCCACCGCUUACAACUAUGGCGUCGCUGGCGCCAUGCUCUACGGAGCCUCCAACAUGUCACAAAUCGCCCUCUUUUCUCUCAUGGCGGUCCGCUUUAAGCAAAAAGUUCCUCAGCUCCACACCCAUCUGGAGCUUCUGAGACUCAGAUACGGUACCCUGGGUCAUUUGACCUUUUUGUUCUUUGCGCUCGCAACAAACAUUCUGGUCUGCUCGAGUGUGCUCGUCGGUGCUGCAGCUGCCAUCACUUCCAUCACUGGUAUCAACACGUACGCUGCCUUGGUUUUGCUGCCCGUUGCAGUUGCUGCUUACACCUUGCGGGCAGGUCUUCGUGGUACCAUCCUUGCCGAUUAUCUCCACACGGUCAUCAUCUUUAUCAUCCUCUUCGUCUUCUUCAUCGUCGUCUACGGCACUGGAAGCGAGAUUGGGAGCGCCGCACGCAUGUGGGAACUCCUCACUGAAGCUGGCAACAAGAAUCCUUCCGCAAACUACAAUGGCAGCUUCCUCACCAUGAAGAGUAUCGGAGGUAUCGAAUUCCAGUGGCUGAGCUUGCUGGAGUACACUGGUGUCGUUUUCAAUGAUGCUUCCUUUCAUCAAAAAGCUUUGGCCGCUGGUCCAGACACUGUUGUCCCAGGUUAUUUGCUGGGCUCGCUCAGUUGGUUCUCCAUCCCUUGGGCGUUGGCAACCACUGCUGGUCUUUCCGCUCUUGCCCUGGAGACUACAUCGCCAGCUUUCCCGACCUACCCUCGUCGCAUGUCGGAGAGCGAGGUCUCUGCUGGUCUUGUGCUUCCGUACGCUGCCAACGCCGUCCUCGGAAAAGGCGGUUCUGCGGGUGUGCUGCUGCUCAUGUUCAUGAGCUCCACCAGUGCCGUAUCGGCUCAACUCAUUGCCGUCAGCAGCAUCAUUGGCUACGACAUUUACAAAACUUACUUUAACCGCAAGGCCACGCCUGAUCAGAUCUUGCGCUCUCAGCAGUACGGCGUCAUUGGCUUUACGGCUUUCAUUGCCGCCUUUGGCUGCUUGCUUCAAGGGGUCGGCGCGGACCUCGGCCUGCUGUACAACAUUACGGGUGUGUGGUCCUGCGCUGCACUGCCCCAGCUAGUGUUUAGCUUUUGGCAAAGCCGCACGCCCAAAUGGACCGCGUUCCCAGGCAUCUGGAUCGGCUUCUUUGCUGGUCUCGCAGUUUGGCUUUCGCUCGCAAAGCGCCUCGAAGGAGGUGUCAAUGUCACUACGCUGGCAGAGAUGGAUCCGAACAUUUAUGCUUUCGCGACUUCUAUCGCCACUGGUACGUUGCUGUGCACCAUCGGGAGCAUCUUUUUUCCCUCCGACUUUCAAUGGGAGUCCAUCAGCGUCUCUUCGGCGCACGGAGGCCAAGGUGGCGAGACGGUGGAUGAAAAGGAGCUCAAAGAGAUCGAAGAGGAUGCUCGUUGGAGCAAGGAGAAUCUUCAAAAGUGGCUCGUCAUCGCUCUCGUCUCGGCCUUUACCAUCUUUGUCGUCAUGGUCCUCAUCUGGCCACUUUCUCUGUACAGAGACUACACCUUUCCGCUGUCUUUCUUUGGGGGAUGGGUGUGGGUCAGCUUUGCAUGGUCCGUCAUCGCCUUUAUCAUCGUCGGCUUGUACCCUCUCUACGAAGGAUUGCCCAUCCUCAUCCUCAUCAGCAAGGGCGUCUACGCUCGACUUGCGGGCAAGCCAAACCCUACCACUGCCAGCGAGGAUGGAGCGGAGGAAAAGUCCACACAGCUCACUGCCGGACAAGGUCGCGAUGCCUCGGGCGAGUCUGAGCCCACCACGCCAAUCGACGAGGAUGCCCUGAAAGCGAGAAAAGGAUCGGCCACUGGAUCGGAUGACAGUCCAGCAGAAGAGAAGCCUGCCGCUGCCCCAAUCUCUCAAAAAGGAUAAACGCUUUGAGAUGAACGCUU